AUGGCCGAGGCAAUUGUUUCCACGAUCUUGGAGCAGCUGACUGCACUCACGAUUGACAAAGCAAGCGAAGCGUGGAGGCUGGUGAGAGGUGUUAAGAAAGAGGUCAAAAGGCUUGAGAGCAAUUUCAAAGCAAUCCAGUACGAGAUUGAAGAUGCGGAGGAAAAACAAUACGUGGACAGAAGUCUGAAACAUUGGUUAGAAAGGUUCAAACAAGUUUCUUAUGACAUGGAAGAUGUAUUAGACGACUCGAAAACUGCUGUCGAGGAGUUGCAAAAAGCAGAUCAUGGAGUUGAAACCAGUACUACUUCUGUUCCGAAGUGGAUGGCACGUCCCUUUGUUUCAUGCUUUUCCUUUGGCUCUAAAGUCGUUAGACGUCAUGAUAUCGCCACCAGAAUAAAAGAUAUCAAUGGAGAGCUUGACCAGAUUGUUAAAACAAAGAUAAGUUUGAAUUGGUAA